AUGACUUUCUUUAGUCCAAAUAUUAGUAAUAGAAGUUUGGAAGCGGAAUUAGCCGAGAAUUUGUCCCGGGAUGAGCGCUUGGCUCGAGUUGAAAUAGCCCUUUUAAGCAUAAUAUUUUUCAGUGGAGCAAUCUUAAAUUUUGGACUGCUAUUUGUGCUGUGGAAGAGGAGGAAGCAGCUGUCGAGGAUGCGCGUCUUUGUUUUUCACCUUUGCCUGGCAGACCUUGUUGUCACAUUUUUCCAAGUUUGUCCGCAGCUGAUGUGGGAUGUAACGGACAGAUUCUUCGGUCCUGACGUUUUGUGCCGCCUGGUGAAAUACCUGCAGGUCGUUGGCAUGUUUGCCUCCACUUACAUGAUUGUAGUGAUGACCAUUGAUCGCUAUCAAGCAAUCUGUAACCCAAUGGUUACUUUCCAGAGGCGGAGAGCGCGCUGGAACGUGCCUGUGUGCGUUGCUUGGUCUGUAUCCCUCAUCGGGAGUCUCCCUCAAGUGUUCAUCUUCUCCCGAGUUGAAAUCGCGCCUGGUGUCUAUGACUGCUGGGCUGACUUCAUCAAACCGUGGGGGCUAAAAGCUUACGUGACCUGGACCACUCUAGUGAUAUUUGUCUUGCCCAUCUUAACUGUUAUCGUGUGCCAGGUGCGUAUUUGCCGAGCUGUUCAAAUCAACUUUCACAUGAAAACUCAACAAGUAUCGACAUUUCUCGCCAAACCGCUGCCCUCCAGGGCAAGUAGCGUUGCUGGGGUGUCCAAAGCCAGGAUCAAGACCGUGAAGAUGACUUUGGUCAUUGUCCUUGCCUACAUUAUCUGUUGGACUCCUUUCUUCACUGUCCAGCUGUGGUCCGUCUGGGAUGUCCAAGCACCCACUGAGACUGCAACUUUCACCAUCCUGAUGCUCCUGGCGAGUCUGAACAGCUGUGCAAACCCCUGCAUCUACCUGCUCUUCAGUGGGAAGUGCCCCAAGAUACGUGUGGCUUUAGUGUGUGUUAGCCAGUCGGACAUGAAUGACUCCAUACAAGAGGACGCCACUGUGGUUAGCUCGCGGUACAGUUCCAAGAGCCUGUCUAUCUCCAGAUGAAACAAGUUGACAGGAGCUCAGUCUGGCUCAGGGGUGGGCAACUACAGCCCUCGGGGGCCUGAUUGUUGUCACA